UGCCAAAUUAGUGAGAGUAGCAAAAAAAUCAUGACUCACUAAGACUAAUUCCAACUUCGAAACGCAUACAUGUGUAUGUAUAUAUACAUCAUAUAUGUAUGUGUGGACAAAUGAAGGUAGCUAAGAAAACAAAAAAUAGUGAAGCAAUCAAGAAAAAGAAGAGCAAAUAUGCCAGAAUCUGAAGUAGCACCAUUGAAGGCACACUUUGUUUUGGUCCAUGGUAUAAGUGGAGGGAGUUGGUGUUGGUACAAAGUCCGGUGCCUAAUGGAAAAUUCCGGCUAUAAGGUCUCAUGUGUUGACCUCAAAGCCUGCGGAAUCGACAAGUCCGAUGCCGAUUCCGUCCACACUUUUGAAGAUUAUAAUGAGCCCUUACUCAACUUCAUGUCUACUUUGCCUGAAGAUGAACAGGUGAUAUUGGUGGGACACAGUGCCGGUGGAAUUAGUGUAACUUGGGCCACUCAUAAGUUUGCAAAGAAAAUUCGUUUGGCUGUGUAUAUAGCUGCAACGAUGCUCAAACUGGGGUUUUGGACUGAUCAAGAUAUCAAAGAUGGAGUACCAGAUUUAUCUGAAUUUGGAGAUGUGUAUGACUUAGGAUUUGGGCUGGGAAUUGAUAAGCCUCCAACAAGUGCAAUCAUCAAGAAAGAGUUUCAACGCAAAAUUUCAUUCCCCAUGAGCCCUCUAGAGGAUUCCACAUUAGCUUCCAUGCUUUCGAGACCAGGGCCCAUCCUAGCACUACAAUCGGCCAGAUUCACUGAGAGUGAUGACGUGGAUAAGGUGCCACGUGUCUACAUCAAAACAUUGCAGGACAGAGUGGUGAAACCAGGGCAACAAGAGGCUAUGAUUAAGAGAUGGCGACCGUUGGAUGUGUAUGCUUUAGACAGUGAUCAUUGCCCAAACUUCUCAAAUCCAUUUCUACUCUUCGGCUUGCUUAUCAAAGCUGCAGCUUCAGUUGAAUAUUCUAGCUGAUAUUUAUUUUAUAGAAUUUAUGAAAAUAAUUUAUUGUCUUUUUUGAAGAUGACAUUGUUUUUCUCUUCGUCAUUGCUCCACCUAAUUUAGUUUCCUUCAAAGAAAUUAAAUGAUUUGUAAGGUGCGAUCAUAUUAAGUUGAUAAUUCACUUAAAUUGUCAAUUUUUAUAUGAUGUUGAUCUUGUUUGGUGUU